CGAGAGACGGACGAUGAGCGGCGGAGAAGUCCUCCUCCACGGCUGGCUGAGGAAGUCGCCGCCGGAGAGGAAACUGCGGAGAUACGCAUGGAAGAAGCGUUGGUUCAUACUGCGCAGCGGGCGCAUGAGCGGUGACCCCGAUGUGCUGGAGUACUACAAGAACGACCACUCCAAGAAGCCAAUCCGGGUCAUCGACCUGCACUGCUGCGAGCAGGUGGACGCCGGCCUGACCUUCAAGAGGAAGGAGUUCCAGGACAGCUUCGUGUUCGACAUCAAGACCUCGGAUCGCACCUUCUACCUGGUGGCCGAGACCGAGGAGGACAUGAACAAGUGGGUGCGCGCCAUCUGCCAGCUGUGCGGCUUCAACCAGUCGGAUGACAACAACCACGAUGUCCGACUGCAACAUAUGCCGCGUUCCGUCGGAGCAGAUGUCUCCGGCUCCUCGGCCCCUCUGAGCGGCAGCGGCGGCGGCAAGUCGUCGGCGCCCGUCCACUCCAGCCAGCCCGUCCUGUUCACCUUUGACGUGCCCGUGCGCCACUCGCACCACAGCGCCCUGUCCAACAGCGCGCCGCAGGACUACCUCCUCCUGCACCAGUGCAUGAGCAGGAAGACGGAGAGCGCGCGGAGCGCCAGCUUCUCACAGGCCACGAGAAGCAACGUGUUCAUGGGCAGCGACUCGGCCGUCCAGAAGCUGCCGCACGGCUUCUCUCACUGUCUGAACGGGAUGGGCGCUCAGCUGCACGGCUUCUACAGCCUCCCCAAGCCCGGCAAGCAGCACCAGCCGGCGGCGUCCGACGACUCCACCCAGGAGGCCUGCUACGUGCUGCCCCGGGGCUACGAGGCCCACGGCGCUCCUUCCGAGCUGGACCUGGAGAACGAGGAGGUGUACACCUUCCAGACGCCCUGCAACACCCUCGUCGCCGCCGGCGAGCGGCCCGCCGACAACUACGACCUCCCCACGCCGCCCGGUUCCUUCUACCAAAUACCGCGGACGUUCGAUAAGAACCACAACUCGCUGACGCCCUCCAGCUCCGAAUCGUCCUGCGCACCCCCGCCCAGGCCGCCCAAGCCCGGCUCGGACGGGCAGUGGGGGAGUCCGCACUCGCUAGGGAGCCAGAACGGUGACGCUUCGGCCGCCGUGUCGGUCAUCCCCAGAAGGAAUACGCUGCCCGCCGUGGAGAACAUCAGGCUGCACAGAGGCUCUUCGUUCGAAACGAGCACCCAUCAGCGUCCGAUCCAUUUCAACAACUCUGGCCAGUCUGUGGAGUCCGUCAACGACGGCUUCAGCUCGUACCUGAGAACCAGAACCCCCCUGACCCGCUCGGACAGCGGCAACUCGGACGACAACUACGUGCCCAUGAACCCGGGCUCGUCGCCGCUCAGCGCAGCCCUGGCGGACAGUCCCAAGAACGCGUACAUCCCCAUGAGCCCCGGGCCGCACCACUUUGACUUCCCGGCCUUCUCGGCCACCUUGCCCGCCCGCAAGGGCAGCGGCGCCUCCCUGUGCCAGCGGCCCGCGCGCCUCAGCGACAUCACGCCGCCGCCCAUCAAUCGCAACCUCAAGCCCAACAGGAAGUCCAAGCCGACACCUCUGGAUCUCAAGAACAACGGCUUCAUUGACGAGCUGCCAUUUAAGAGCCCGGUCACCAUGUCCUGGACACGGCACACGCCCGCCGCGAACUCCGCGUCCUCGCAUCGCUGCCGACCCAUCUCCACGCAAAGCAUCACCAGCACCGACUCCGCAGACAGCGAGGAGAACUACGUGGCCAUGCAGAACCCAGCGUCUACCUCGCCGGCCGUGAGCGGCACCGGCAGUCCGGCCCUUCGCAAGAGCGGCAACGUGGACUACCUGGCGCUGGAUUUCCAGCCCGGAUCGCCCUGCGCACACAGAAAGCCGUCGACGUCCUCGGCGACGUCUGACGAGAAGGUGGACUACGUGCUGGUGGACAAGGAGAAGACGCAGGCGCUGCAGAGCACCAUGCAGGAGUGGACCGAUGUGCGCCAGUCUACUGAGCCCUCCAAAGGGGUCAAGUCUUGACACUGAGUCCAUUUGGGGAGGCGAGAGGUCUUGAACUGUUUGGACCGCAAAGCAGCCAUAACAUGUAGCUAUGCCUGUUCUCUGCCAUGAGUCAAAACUUUUUUUUUUUACCAUUUAUGGACCAAAUAUCAUCCCUACUAAGAAAUGUUACAUUUUGUUUUCUUGCACUGAGCAGGUACAGUAAACCCCGAACCCUGCCGUGAAUGGCGAAAAACUGUAAAUGAUUCCCCCGUCCCCUUAAAAUUGUCUGUGAUCUUCAAACUCAUCUUGCAACA